GCAAGAGAAAUAGAGGAUUUGUCCAUCAAGAUCACAACCUUAACCUUAUCGGUCAUGCAUGGAAGCUUUACAAAGAAGAUAGGUCAUUGGAACUAAUUGAUGAUCAGCUGGGUGAUUCUUGCAAUAUUUCUCAAGUUUUAAGAUCAAUCCAAGUGGGGUUAUUAUGUGUGCAAAAACGUCCAGAUGACAGACCAAGCAUGUUUGCUGUGGUUCAGAUGUUGGUUAAUGAGAGUCUACUUCCAAAAGCAAAAGAACCUGGAUUUUUCACAGAACGAAACAUAUAUGAUGAAGCAAAAUCAGAAUCGCAGAGAGCCAGUUCCAAGAAUGAAGUGACAAUCUCAUUGUUAGAUCCUCGGUAGAGUGUGACAAGAUAACCGUUUUGUUGCAUGCACAUGAAUAGGAAAAAUAUAUUUGAACUUUGAUUGUUGAUAAAUACAGUUAGUUUUUGAAAUAAAAUACCAAGUUGAAUUUUUCUA